UUGAAUGUUGCGCCAUAUUGGGAGGAUGCCUGCUAGUGCAUUCAAUGCAGUGUUUUGUUGUUCUUAGUCGAUCUUGCUGUGUUAAAACCUGCAAUAGUAUUACCAAGAGUCGUUCAGGACACGGCCCUGGUUCUUUCGAUUUCUCCAUAUAUCAAACAAAACAAGUAACGGUACAUAUCAAACCAAUAAUAGCAGUCCUCCCAAAUUGGCGGCGCCCUUGCAACAUGUAACAUAUUGCGUGACGUCAGCUUCACAUUCUCUAUACCACUGCAGUCAGCCGUGGUGUACCGCAUCAGCUUAAAUUGACUAUUUUCAAAAUUUUCCAUUUCUCUCUGUUUUAAUUCUCCCCAACCGGAAACUGUCCGGGGUUCAUCCUGUGAAACGCGGAAGUAAUGCACUCAUAUUGCCCCCUCCGAUUCUGCGCAGCUUCCGUCUCCUGAGCAUCUUCUUCCGCGCGUUCUACCAGUGUUCAGUCUCUCAUACGCCUUUUCCGACCGCUACAAUCCAGCAUUUUCUCCUCAUCACAUCACCAGUUUGCCGGUCGCAUUUGAUGAUGAACGCAAGGAAGUUAGCAGUGUUUUUGGUCGUUAUUUUGGCCAUUGUCCUUCUGGUCGAGGCAGCGCGGAGCAGGAAAGACUCCAGCAGUCAGAACAGCCUGAAGAGGGCCGCCAGUGGCUUCUAUCAAACCCUCAGCAAUGUCUUCGGAGAGGAGAACAUCAGGGCUCUGUUCAAGUUCUUCACAAAGACUACAGAGAGGUUUGUCCAUGGAGUUGAUUCAUUAUUGGACACCUUGUGGAAACUGUGUGUGGAUCUUCUGGAUGUUAUAGGGAUCGACUCGUCUAACCUGACUCACUACUUCAGCCCAUCCUCCGUGUCAAAUUCUCCAUCCCGUGCUCUGCUCCUGGUUGCAGCUUUGCUGGUGGCCUACUGGUUCUUGUCUUUGUUCCUCAGCGGCUUCUUUUUCAUCCUCCAUACCAUCUUUGGCCGUUUCUUCUGGCUGGCACGUGUGGCGCUGUUCGCUCUCUCCUGCCUGUACAUUCUGCAGAAGUUCGAGGGCGACCCAGAAAAGGCCGUCCUGCCUCUGUGUUUCAUCAUGGCUGUGUACUUCAUGACCGGACCUGUGGGAACAUACUGGCGGAAAGGAGGCGGAUCUGGAACUCUGGAAGAGAAGAUCGACCACCUCGAUACUCAGAUCCGCCUUCUUAAUAUUCGUUUGAGCAGGGUGAUUGAAAACCUGGAACGCUCAAGUGACCAUGACCAAUGAAGGAUAGGGUUUGUGGGAUGGGAUGAGUAGAUUUUUUUUAAAUGUUUCUUUUUGAUGCUUUUUCUCAGGAUUUCCCUAUAUCAUCAUUGCAAAGAAACCUUUUAGUCAGGCAUGAGUUGUAUCUGAUGUUGUACUUUUUUGUUGUUGUGUUUCAUUUUCCAGACUAGAAUGUUUCCAUUGCAUUCGCGCUGUUGUAGUAGAAUGUUUUAGAGUACAUUAGCCAUCCAUUUCUCAGAGUAAAUAUCAGGAUUUUUUUGUAUUUGGUGUGUAAUAGAAGUGUGUCUGAAACUGUUUCUUGGCCUUGAGUUGAGUGUGUUACUCCGUUACGCAGUGUUAUGCCUAAAUGUUCAUAAGCUUUGUUUUACUUUUAUGUGUUGGUAUUUAUCAGUCAUGAAGGCAAUGCUAUGAAAAAGAUAGUUCAGAAACACUCAAAGUGUGAAGUAUAGCCAGUAUCACUGCAUGUUGUCUCCUUUUACGAGGUCACCAGGUGUCACUCUUGAGUUCAGGACCGUGUAGCACUAUCAAUGGUAGAGAUGUAUUUGGUAAUCACUUUCAGAUAGCAGCUAGUCAGCAGAAGCGUGAGGAUAUCUGACCAUUGUCCUGGCAGCUAUAUUACAGUGCUGCAAUGUACGCUGGUAUCUCUGUCCUAAUUCAUCUACGAGACUGCUGUUCUCAUGUGGUAAGAUAACUAAGCACAGGGUAAAACCUGGUCAUGCACUUUGUGCUCAGUAUGAGAUCAUGAGUAGCAGAAUCUGAUUGGUUUCAGAUGGGCCAAUUGUCCUUUCGGGACCUUUCGUGGUGGAUACACUGUAUUAAAGAGGUCAUAUGAUGCGAAUACGUUUUUUUCUGUGACUUUAGUUUGUUAUUAGUUGCCCACGCAUGUAUUAGACACGUAAAAUUGCAAAAAUUAAAGUAUCGCAACAAAAGAUGUAAUCUAUCUAAAAGGUAAAAUGCUCACCUGCCUGAUAAGCCUAGUGUAACCGAACCACCACAAAUGUACGUCAUUUUGUGGUAUGAUUUAACUACGUCCGCCCAAAUGUAACCGCUAGUAAGGUGGCCGUACCUGUCAGUACAAUUGCUUUAGAACCUGAUGUUCCAAAUAUGGUAAGAGGCGUUACAUUUUCGUCACACGCUUGCAGUAUUCGACCAAUCACUACGCACUGGUUAACUGGCCAAUCAUUUGACACCUUGCUUUUCAGAACGAUGAGCUUUGUAAAAAAAAUCUGCGUGUUUCAGAGUGGCGAAGCAAAGAGGAGAUACAAACAUGCAUGUUAUGUGGAAAAUACAGCGUUUUUAACCUUAAAUCGUGUAUACACAUUGAAUUACAUCUUAAACAAAUGAUAAGAUUUGUUUUAGGCGUGUCAUAUGACUCCUUUAAAAUAUACGGAAAGGGAUUUUUUACUAAUGUUUGAAUCCCACUACUGUAACUAUGAUCUUAUUUAUACUAUCUAGGCUAUUCUUAAACGUCAGCUGAAUUCCUGCUCCAGAAUGCCUCAUUACUGCAUGUCUGGUUGUCAUUAAGAUCUAACCUGUCUCAUGCUAUACUUUUCAGAAUGCAGAACUCACAUUCACAUUGAUUUUACAUUUAUUUAUAGUCUAUUGGAUGUAUAACUGUGCAUGCUACUGAAGAUUGGUUGUCACAACAAAUGCUGUUUGCGUACAUGCUUUGAACAUUCAUUCCCUGCCUUAAAGGUAUAUUACUUUUAUUCCAACAUAUUCAACUAUAUUAUCAUUCCAUGCUAUGUUUUAAAAAGUUUUUUUAUGAUUAUCUAAUUCUUACAUUAUCACAUUGUAUUGAAGUUGAGAAAUAGCAUUGAUUGGAAAUUGUAAACAUUUCAUAUUUGCGUCACCAUAUUUUUAUAAUUACUGUGCAUAUUGUUUUUCUAAAUCUAAAUUGUUUUAAUAAAUGUCUCUCAUUUGUUGUAUGCUACCUUUAUUGAAUUUAAAGGCUGUGUUAUGCACUAAAACCACUGAAACCUGUUUUAUUGUAUAUGUUGUGAAGGAUGGUACCUACAAAUUGUCGUUAAAUCAUACAAUGCAAGCACCAGCUUUUGUGUAAUUUUCCAAGAGAUCAACACUCGUAAUUACAAUGCACCAGCAAUAUUGUAAAAUACUGAGAAGUUACACAUCUAAACACUCCCAUAUACAGACAAACUGUGUCAAUUUGCUUUGGAGCGUUAACUAUUUUGCCACAGUAAUAUGCUGUGGAUUUGUGUAUGUUGGAGUUUUGAUUUUGUAAUUUCAAGCAUGAAUCUCAUUCUUGCAGCGCAGCCAUCAUUUGUAUCGGGAUUGCAAUGCUUAUAGAAACACGUUUGACCAGUCAUUUUUUUUAUCUUUUCAAAGUCCUGAAUCACACAUAGAAACCGCUGAAUCUUUGUGAAGUCUAGACCUUAAUUAGUAUCUUUGCCUUGCUAAAUGCCUAGAUUUCUAUCAGGUUUGCUUUUGUACUGUAUAUCAUUUUCAUUAAGAUUGUUCUGCUUGCUGUGGUAUUAUUUGCCCUGUCUGUAUUAUGAUACUCGUUUUAAGGAAAAAUUAUCUUAAGAUAAAAUAAUUGUCCAAAAAUGAUAUAAUAAACAUAAUAUCUGAUUUGA